UUGAGGUCUAAUUCAAAGACUAAAAUGGCUGAAAUUCGUAAUCUUGAGGUUGAAUAUAAAGCUAAGUGCUCGGCAGAGAAGUUUCACUCUAUGAUGACUCGUGAUGCGCUCAACCUUCCAAAAUAUGCUCCUCAAUAUCCAAAUUAUUCCCGGAUAUGGUGAAGUUCGUGUGGGAAGUGUUUAUGUUUCAGACUAUGUUGUAAUGGGAGAUAAACCUCGUGCCGUCAUGACAAAAGUGGAUGUAACUGCGCUGGACCAUAAAAAUAUGUCAGUAACAUUCACGGUUAUUAAAGGAGAGCUCAAAAAUGGUUUCACAAGUUUUGCUAGCACACAUACUUCCACUCCAACACAGAUUGAUGGAAACUAUAAAUGCCUUGUGAAGUGGUCUGCGCGAUUUCAGAAAGCAAAUGAAGAUGUCCCUGAUCCAACAUACAUAAAGAAAUGGGUGGAAGAUUUUUUCAAGGAAUUGGAUACCAAUUUGCUCAAGGAAGAGGAGAGAUAUUGAUCUACUUAUAUAUAUAUGUCAAGUCAUGGAUGUUGCAAGAAGCUACAUGUUUGUACUUGAUGUUUAAACAUAUUAGACAUCUAAUAAAGUUGUUGCUUCGUAAAAAAGAAAAAAAAUCUAAUAAAGUUGUAAUAUGAACUUAACAGAUAUUUAUUUAAUAUAAAUAAAUAUAUAAAA